AUGAUAUCAUUGACUGCCCAUCUUCAUCUCCUGCUUCUACUGUUGGUGCUUCUGACCCAUCAUUCCACGGAUGGUCUGGCGUCCUCUCAUUCUACUCGCAGACAAAGAAGAAAAAGACCCGUCGUCGAUCGACCCUCCAAACCAUCGUUGCUCCAAACAACACACGGUUCUAUUCUCGUGGUGGAUGUCGAAAAUGUCCGUGGAAAAUCGGGAUUUGCACUCUCUCAUGUCGAGCUGAUGCAUAAAAUUCAAGCCUGGAAACAACAGCAAUUGCAAAUCCUGCUCGUGGUCGAUCAUGGCAAUGAACCCAGUGCGUUUUAUGACAAUGACGGCAUGGCCAUUGUGCUGGCGGGACCUUCUCGCAAAGCCGAUGAUGUCAUUGCCCAAGAUUGUUUGCGGCAAUUGUCAGAACAACAACAACAACAAAAAGACAUGGCAGUCAUGGUGGUCACGGACGAUCAAGGAUUGGUUCGGAGAUGUCACAAACACACCCGUUUGGAUUUGCAAAUUGUGAGUUCGUGGACACUGCUGGAAGAAUUGGAGCGAUUUGAACAACAACAACAGCAGCAAUCGUCGUUUAAUUCAUCUUCUUCCUUACAAGAACAAGAAAUCCAAGAAAUCGACUUGGCCGCCGAAUGGAUGAUGGCAGUGGCGAAACAACAAGCUGUCCAACACAAACACAUUCCCAACAAACGAAAACGAGCACUUCAGUACAAAAUCGAUCAAUGCCAACAACCAUUGUUACAGACUCCGCUAGGAAGAGACGUUUAUCAAUUUGCCAAACAGCACAUGGAAACAACUACAGCGUCUACAAAAAAGAAGAAUCAAGAUGCCUCCACUACUACUACAGCUAGUAGUACUGAAAUACAACUUGAUCCAAAUAUCCAAUCCGCAGUGCUGCAAUCAUGGCAACAACUCAAAAACAGUCUCAAGCAUCGAGUCUACCACAAGGAAACCACACAGGAUAGAAUUGUAUUGGCAGAACAGUUUCGAAUUGAGUUGCAAAAGCUAUAUGGCAGUGACACCCAGCAACUGGUUCAACAAAUGAUAAUUCGACAGCAGCAACCCGCACAGGAGGAUACUGGCGUAGCAUGGUCUACUGUGCAACGGUACGUGUAG